AUGGCUGAUGAUCUGAUCAGGGCGGCUCUGGACCCGAAGAGCGACUUCCCCCAGCCCAACCUGCGCACCCAUGGGGAGCAGGAGCACAUCAAGGAGUGGAUGGGGCCCGCUGGCAGCAGCAAGCCAGAGGACAUGAAGGUGUCAAACUCUGAUCUGAUGAAGCAGGAGAAGACAGGCGGCACAGACGCCGUAGAGGGCGUCAACAGGUGGGCCGUUGCGGAGGGGCUCGGGCAUCUGUAG